AUGUCAAUCUUUCUUCCUCUUGUCGCAUUGAGUGGUGUGGCCGCUCAACUGGUUCCACAGCCAUGGUCAUACACUCAAAACGAGCCGCCAGUCAAAGUUACUGUAGAUGCUAGUAUCAGACAUCAGACCAUGAUUGGCGGCGGCUGCUCUGGAGCCUUUGGUGUCGCAUGCGAUCAAACUGGAUCCAGGGGUCUUUCGUCUUCAAACCAACAAUUAGUCAGCGACUACCUCUUCAAUGAGAACGUUGGAGGUCUCUCUAUCCUUCGAAACCGCGUCGGUUCCAGCUCAACGGACGGUAUCCUUGGUGGUUGUCCGGCGACACCGUCUUCUCCAUUCAAUUAUAGCGGUCUAGGAGCCAAUGAAGCAACCGCCGAUAGCUGCCAACUGAAGUUGACCAAACAAGCUCUGAUAGCCAAGCCGAAGCUUCAAAUCUACGCCGAUGCAUGGUCGGCGCCGGGCUGCUUCAAGACCGACGACACAGACAUAAACGGCGGCCUCAUCUGUGGUGUACGGGGAUCCAACUGCACCCAUGACUGGCGCCAAGGUUACGCCGAUUAUCUCGUGCAGUACGUCAAGUUUUAUGAAGAAAAAGGCAUAAACAUCAGCAUGAUUGGAGCCUACAACGAGCCAGACUUCAAUCCUGUAACUUAUGCCAGCAUAGACUCGGAUGGAUAUGAAGCCAAAGACUUCUUAGAAGUCUUAUAUCCCACUGUGAAAAAGUAUCGAAGCGACCUUCAAGUAACUUGCUGCGAUGCUACAGGUGCGCGUCAAGAGCGUACUUUGCUUUACGAGUUGGAACAAGCCGGCGGUGGGAAGCUCUAUGAUGUAGCUACAUGGCAUAACUAUCAAAGUAUGCCCGAGAUGCCUUUCAAUACGCAGGGCCAGCCAAACUUGCAAACCGAAUGGUCUGAUGGAAGCGGCACGUUCAAUACCACAUGGGACACUACGGGACAGCUCGCUGAAGGUCUCCAGUGGGCCAUCUAUAUGCACCAAGCGUUUGUUCUAAGUGACACAUCUGGCUACUUGCACUGGUGGUGCGCUCAAAACAACGCCGGCAAUACCAGUGGUAGCGAUGCCAUCCUUGUCCGCCUUCAAGGCGACACCUUCGAAGUAUCCCGUCGUCUCUGGGCCUUUGCCGGAUACUUCCGCUUCGCGCGCCCGGGAUCCAUCCGCAUCGAUGCUCGCAGUCCCGCUGAAAACCUCAAAGUAACUGCGUUCGAGAAUGUAAAUGGCACCGUGGCGAUUCCCGUCAUCAACGAAGCGCAUUUCGAGAGACAGGUGGAGAUUAGCCUUGGUGGGACUGAGAAGGGGUUUGCAAAGGGUUCGGCGUACUUGGCUGAUAAUGAGCAUAAUAAUACGAUGGUUGGGAACUAUGAGAUUAAUGGAAUGGGGUUUGUGGCGACUGUCAAGCCGAGGAGUCUGACGACGUUCUUUUUGGAGUAG